AUGUCAAUAACUAAUGUAGCUAUUGUCUCAAUCUUAGAACUUGCAUAUACAUAUGCAUAUAAAAGAAAUGAAACAGCUAUUAUAAACCUCCAAAUAUAUGCUACGAUUAAAGUUUUAACAUUUCGAAUUAGGUUAAGAAAUUUAGAUAUGGAAUUAAUUGCAGAAGAUGUUUUAGGAGGUUUCUUAGGAGAUCUCUUAGGAAGUUUUUUAAGUAAUUCCUUAAGGCUGAAAGGAUUUGGAUUUGAACCUACCAUUAAAGAAGCUUUUGUUGACACUAAAAUCAAAGAACUUCAAAUAGCUGACAAUUCUCCAUAUACUGUUUUACUAUUGAAACUAAAGAAUAGUACCAUAUAUAAUGAAGAAGAAACUUUUGACUAUACUACUGGAAUACCUUUUGCCGACAAUCCACGUCAUUUACCUAAAGAUGCCACUAUUGAAGAUAGACUUUUUGUAUUAGAAUCUGCGCUAAGAAAAUAUUAUUUAGAUACGGAUUUCUUUGCUGAAUUAAAUUAUGUAGUUGAACAAAAUAAAAAAUACAAGGAAAGGUUUGGAGGAAGUAUUAAAAUUGAAGAAAUUG